AUGCUGUCGACUGCAGUAGCUGCCAGAAGACCGCUCUCAGCUCUUGCUUCGUCCCGUUCGCCCUCCUCGCUCGGUCGCCCCUUUGCUGCCCUCGCUUCGUCAUCGCGGUCAAGCUCGUCUGGCACCUCCACCUCGAAUCGCGCAGUGACUCGCACAGGAACUGGCUCGGACACCCGCUCAGCGUCACUGCUCUCCUAUCCCAAUUUUUGGUCGCACAAGCCCUUCCUGUUCUCGCGUUCUGCUCCUUGCUCGGUCGCACGUCGACCUGGAUCGUGUCCUCUUCUCUUGGUUCGCAACAUGGCCACCCAGCUCAACGGCACGACCACCAAUGGACUCAGCAAUGGCCAUGGUACAUCCACCUCUCGGUCCCGUCAGCCCAAUGCGCCUUCGCCCUUCAUCAUCACCGACGGCAACCCGCUCGACCACCUCCUCGAUGGCUACAAGGUCCGCAACGACCUCGACAUUCCUUAUGCCGUCUUUGAGCACGAGAUCGAGAACAGUCCGAACGACGAUCGUCAGCAUCGGUCAGUGCUCAUCAGCUCGCUCUGUCCGCUGACCGAACGAAUCACUGACCUACCUGCCCUCGUUCUCCACUCUUCCAGCCUCGUGAUGCUGAAGAAUGGCAUGGAAGUGUUGCUCAUCUCGGACCCCAAGGCGGACAAGGCCGCAGCCGCGAUGGACGUCAAGGUUGGCCAUCUAUCCGAUCCCGAGGACCUCCAAGGCCUGGCCCAUUUUUGCGAGCAUCUCAUGUUCAUGGGAACCGAAAAAGUGCGGUUUCAUUGUCGGCACAAUACGUACCGCGCCUUUGCUAACCCGCCUAUUUGUCCUUGCGAACAGUACCCGAAGGAAAACGAUUACACCGAGUUCCUGACCCAGCACUCGGGCUCAUCCAACGCCUUCACUGGGCUCGACCAGACAUGCUAUUACUUUGAUGUCGAACCCGCCUCUCUGUUUCCCGCCCUGGACCGGUUCGCGCAAUUCUUCAUUGCUCCGCUCUUUGAUCCAUCCUGCACGGCGAGGGAGGCCAAUGCCGUUCACUCGGAAAACUCCAAAAACUUGCAGUCCGACAUGUGGAGGUUCUUCCAGCUCGACAAGAGCACCAGCUCAAAAUCACAUGCUUACUGGCGCUUUGGGACGGGUAACAAGGACAGUCUCGGCUUUGAACCGCCGAGGGAAGGGCUCGAUGUGAGGGAGCGGUUGCUCGACUGGCAGGCCAAGCAUUACAGUGCCAACAUUUGCAAACUCGUCGUUCUCGCCAAAGGUUGGUACUCCUUCCUGUGUCAUGAUCGUCAACAUCUGCUGACUUCCCCUUACCCACGCUGUCCGAAGACCCCUUGGACGUCUUAACUCGCCAAGUCGUCGAAACGUUCUCUCCCGCACCGAACCGCCACCUCUCCGCGCCCGAGUUUCCCGGUUCACCGUACUCUGCCGACGAGGUACAGCGGAUUCUCUACGUCAAAUCGGUCAAGGAUACCCGCCACCUCGAACUGAGCUUCCCCUUCCCCGACGAAUCGGCAUACUACGCCACCAAACCUGGCAGUUUCUUAUCACAUCUGAUCGGACACGAAGGCGAAGGCUCGAUCCUCAGUCUGUUGAAGAAGAAGGGGUGGGCCAACUCCAUGUCGGCUGGCGCGGGCAAUGGUGCCCGUGGUUUCGAGUUCUUCAAGAUCAACGUCGACCUCACUGUCGAAGGACUCCAGCACCACGAAGACGUGUCCGCUAUCAUCUUCGCCUACUUCGACCUUUUGAGGUCCCACCCGCCUUCCGAAUGGGCAUUCGAUGAAGUAGCGCAGUUGUCGAAACUCGCUUUCCGCUUCAAGGAGAAGGGAUCGCCAACGAACACCGCGAUGGGUUUGGCCCUGUCCAUGUCCAAGCCCUUCCCACGAGAAAAGCUCUUGUCGGCCCCUUGGCUGAGCACCGAAUGGAACCCCGAGAUUGUCGUCGACUUGAUUGGCAAGCUCAAGCCGGAGAACUGCAGGAUUCUCGUUGCUGCGAAUGAGCCGAUCGGGGAUCGGGUCUAUGAUCAAAAGGAAAGGUGGUACGGCACAGAGUACACGAUCGAGCCCAUGUCGGACAAGUUGCUCAAGGUGAGCGAAACCUAUGUACACGGUGCACUCCAAGCUCUGCUGACCAACUCGGAUCCUUUUUCCAGCACGCUUCGGCCGAAUCUCACCCGGAGUUGCAUAUGCCCAAACCCAAUGCGUUUGUUCCGAAAGAUAUCGAAAUUAAGAACAAGACUGAAGUGGAAAAGGUACGCUCUCUCCAAUCCUCAGGCACCAUUGACUGUGACUGACCUUCGCCUGACCCUUCUGCAGCCGGCCAAACGACCUCUCAGCCUGCGCAAUACGCCGAUCGCUCGCUUGUGGUACAAGAAGGACGAUCGGUGGUGGGUCCCUCGAGCAGGCGUGUUUGUCCUUAUCCGAUCCCCGAUUGUCGACGACACUCCCCUGCACUCGGUCCAAUCCCGACUCGUCACCGAGCUCGUUCGUGAUGCUCUCGCGGAGUACUCGUACGACGCCGAAUUGGCCGGCCUGAGCUACACUUUCGAAAUCCAGGGUGGUGGAAUCAUCGUCACCUUCGAUGGCUACAACGACAAACUUCCGUUAUUGGCGCAAGUCGUCAUUGACAAGUUAAUGAACUUUACGAUCGAUCCCGAGCGAUAUGAGCUGAUCGUGGAUCAGGUGAGCGAGAACAGCUAAUCAUCGUUGCGUAACUCUUAGCUGACUCUUUUGGUUCCCGAUCCAUUCAGCUCCGACGCGCCUAUACCAACAACCGACUCGACCAACCUUACAACCAUGCCAUCUUCACAGCGGGUUACCUGACGACCGAGACGAUGUGGACGCGUGAAGAGCAACUCGAAGAGCUGGCCAACAUCACCGUUGAGAACCUCACCGAGUACAAGACCAACAUCUUCAAACGAGGUCACAUCGAGAUGCUUGUACACGGCAACAUGCUGAAGGACGAAGCCAUUUCGAUGUGCAAGAUGGUCGAGACGACCGUCAAUCCCCAGCCACUCACCCUGGAGGAGCUUCGAUCCCGACGAGCCCUCAUCCCUCAUCGUGGUGACACUUUGACACGCUCCCCUGUUUACAACCCGUCGAACGAUCAAUCCGCGAUCGAGCAACUGACUUAUAUCGGUGAUAUCUACGACGACCUCGAGCGGUGCAAGCUUUCUCUGUUUGCGACGAUCGUCUCGGAACCCCUGUUCGACACCUUGCGCACACAACAACAACUGGGCUACAUCGUCAGCUCUGGCACACGCCGUUCGAUUGGCUUCAUAGCGUUCCGCCUCAUCGUCCAGUCCGAUCGGGACGCGACGUACGUCGAGGAGCGCGUCGAUGAGUUCUGGUCCGAAUACCUCACCGUCCUCGAGACCAUGUCGGACGAAGAGUUUGGCAAAUACCGCAGCGCCGUUGUUUCCAAGAAGUUGGAAGACCACAAAAACAUGUGGGAGGAGUCGUCCUUCUUUUGGUUGGCGAUCCAAGCGGGAUGGUACGACUUUGAGCAAAAGGCGAGGGAUGCGACGGUCGUCGAAAGCUUGACCAAGGACGAUAUUAUUGAUUUCUUCAAGCGCCACUUCUUGGACAAGGAGAACAGGAGGAGGAUCUCGGUUCAUUUGAACUCGCAGCGGUUGGAUACCGAUCGCCUGGCGCGCUUGGGCCCGCUGGUGCAACAGAUGGGCCUACCCGUUCCGCAGGAGAUGCAAAAGCUCGUCGCCUCCCGACCGACGUUGGAGCAGCUCAAGUCCGUCGCUGGAGAGAUGCUGAAGCAAGCGGGGCAAGACGAGGCAAUGGUCGAGGCCAUUUUGGCUCAGGUCGAACAAGUCUUGACGACGAGGACCGCCCCGGACGGUGUCAAAGUCGUCGAGGAGGCCCAACGCACCGAGUUCAAAAAUUCGCUCGAGCGUGGUCCUUACGCGACGCCCGUGGCCGAAUAUUCCGAUUUACUCCAAAAGUUCUAG